UCCCGUGUAUCCCCCUUGCACCCCCCCCCCACUUAGGACUUUCAGGUGGACGGGCGGCGGUGAUGGAGGAGGAAGAAGAGUUGGGGGUGGUCGGCUAUGGUGGACGGACGUGGGUGAUAGAGGAAGAAGAAGGGUUAGAGGUGGUUGGCUAUGGCGGAUGGGCGUGCUUGAUAGAGAAAGAAGAAGGGUUGGAGGUGGUUGGCUAUGGCGGACGGGCGUGGGUGAUGGAGGAGGAAGAAGAGUUGGGGGUUGUCGGCUAUGGUGGACGGGCGUGGGUGAUGGAGGAAGAAGAAGGGUUGGAGGUGGUUGGCUAUGGUGGACGGGCGUGGUUGAUGGAGGAAGAAGAACGGUUGGAGGUGGUUGGUUAUGGCGGACGGGCGUGGGUGAUGAAGGAGGAAGAAGGAUUGGGGGUGGUCGGCUAUGGUGGACAGGCGUGGGUGAUGGAGGAAAAAGAAGGGUUAGAGGUGGUUGGCUAUGGUGGACGGGUGUGGGUGAUGGAGGAAAAAGAAGGGUUGGGGGUGGUCGGCCAUGGUGGACGGCUGUGGGUGAUGGAGGAAGAAGAAGGGUUGGAGGUGGUUGGCUAUGGUGGACGGGUGUGGGUGAUGGACGAGGAGGAAGGGUUGGAGGUGGUUGGCUAUGGUGGAUGGGUGUGGGUAAUGGAGGAAGAAGAAGGGUUGGGGGUUGUCGGCUAUGGUGGACGCGUGUGGGUGAUGGAGGAAGAAUUAGCGUUGCAGGUAGUUGGCUAUGGUGGACGCAUUGAUGGAGGAGGAAGAAGGGUUGGGGGUGGACGGGCGUGGGUGAUGGAGGARGAAGAAGGGUUGGGGGUGGUCGGUCAUGGUGGACGGGCGUGGGUGAUGGAGGAGGAAGAAGGGUUGGGGGUGGCGGGCUAUGGUGGGCGGGUGUGGGUGAUGGAGGAAGAAAAAAGGUUGGAGGUGGUUGGCUAUGGCGGACGGGCGUGGUUAAUGGAGGAAGAAGAAGGGUUGGAGGUGGUUGGCUAUGGUGGACGGGUUUGGGUGAUGGGGGAUGAAGAAGGAUUCGAGGUGGUUGGCUAUGGUGGAUGGGUGUUGGUAAUGGAGGAAGAAGAAGGGUUGGAGGUGGCUGGCUAUGGUGGACGGGUGUGCGUGAUGAAGGAAGAUGAAGGGUUGGAGGUGGUUGGCUAUGGUGGACGGGCGUGGGUGAUGGAGGAGGAAGAAGGGUUGGGGGUGGUCAUCUAUGGUGAACGGGCGUGGGUGAUGGAGGAAGAAGAAGGGUUGGAGGUCGUUGGCUAUGGUGGACGGGUGUGGGUAAUGGAGGAAGAAGAAAGGUUGGGGGUGGUCGGCUAUGGUGGACGGGUGUGGGUGAUGGAGGAAGAAAAAGGGUUGGAGGUGGUUGGCUAUGGUGGACGGGUGUAGGUGAUGGAGGAAGAAGAAGGGUUGGAGGUGGUUGGCUAUGGUGGA